AUGUCGGAGGUCAAAAAGGUCGAGCCACGUGGCGAGCGGGAAGAGGCAAUGUCGUCGUCAAAAAGGCUUACCAUAGCCGGAAAUAUCAAGCCCAUGAGCCUGGAAGGCAAUCUGUCGUCUAAUUGGAAGAAAUGGUACCAAACUUUCAUUAUUUUUCUUAAGGCAAGUGCCAUAUACGAAGAGUCAGACGCACGCAAAGUAGCAGUUUUAUUACAUUUUAUAGGCACGGAAAGUCUCGAAAUAUUCAAUUCAUUCAAUUUAGACAUCGACAAAAUUACAUUUAAUCAAUUAGUCAAUAAAUUUGAAGAAUAUUUUGUACCUAAAAGAAACAUAACCUAUGAAUGCUAUAAGUUCUUUACAACUAAACAAAAAGCUGAAGAAAGCCUGGAAGACUUCCUUACGACAUUAAUAAAUAGAAGUCAGUCGUGUGAAUUUGGAAAUUUACAAGAUAGAAUGAUUAAAGAUAUUUUUAUAACUAAUAUGCAUGAAAGUUUUCAACAUGUCCGUGAGAAACUAUUACUAGAGGAAGAUUUAACACUAGAAAAGGCUAGAAACUUGUCUAAAACAUUAGUCUCAGCUAGAUGUCAUGCUAAAUAG